UGCGGCGAUCUACUGCGCAACUUUGUCUCUUGACAACGGGAAGAAAAGUUACCUCUGAGUCUACCUCAGGUUUUUCACGAUUUUCUACGUUUUUUUGACGGAUUCUGAGAUUUUUAGGGACCAAGAAUGGCGCACAUCGUCGCCAAGAAGGCGCUGGCAAAGCUGGCUGAGACCUGCUAUCGACAAACACACUUUACGAAGCAGGAGGUGGAGGGUUUACUGCACGUGUUCCGGGACCUGCAGACCAGUAAGAAGGGGAAGGAUGAGAUGAAGAUGGACCGCGCCACUUUCCGGGAGGUGCUGCACUACACCUUCGCUAUGACAGACGACAUCCUCAUGGACAGAGUAUUCCGUGCCUUUGACCAGGACAACGACAGCUACGUGAGUGCCCAGGAGUGGGUACAGGGUCUGUCUGUGUUCCUCAGGGGAACCAUGGAGGAGAAAAUGAAAUAUUGUUUUGAGGUGUAUGAUCUAAACUCAGACGGCUACAUCUCCAGAGAAGAGAUGUUCUCUAUGCUGAAGAACACACUCGCUAAACAGCCCACAGAGGAGGACCCUGAUGAAGGCAUCAAGGAUCUGGUAGAGAUCACCCUGAAGAAAAUGGACCAUGACCAUGACAGCAGACUGUCCUACUCUGACUACAAGACUUCGGUUGAAACAGAGCCUCUUCUGCUGGAGGUGUUCGGACCCUGUCUCCCAGCUGCUAAGCAAGUCCAUGCCUUCACAGCAACCUUUUCUGACACUUGUACAGAAUGGUACUGACCACAGACAUGGAUGGACACACAACAACUUUGGGGACCAAAAACAGUUUAUACUUUCCCAAGAAGUGUAGAAAUGUUUAAAAAGUAUAUAUUACUGGUAAAAGGUGCAGUGUGAUUUUACAAUGGAGUACAUCUGUUACCUCUACUUAAGUGCACUGUACUAAAAAUUGUGUCAAAAGUGCUGUGAUACACACAAAACCAAAAUAAUCAUUUUAUGAGUGAUUUUUAUUGCAUUCAAUGGAAGAGGAAACAAGUUAAGCAAUGUUUUCAUUGAAUACAAGCAGUAUGUCAGCAUUUAUAGCAAGCAGUUUAAGAAAAAUGAGAUUUGUUAAGAAAAAUAUAUUGGGUGUUCCUUAGAAAUAACCUUGUACAUUUGCAUAUUUCUAAGGCAAGAAAUUUUUUGACAUUUAAAAUUCUAUCAAUGACUUCUCUGUUCAUGAAGUCAGACUGUACAUAUGUUUGCAUAGACUGCUCAGGAGUCCUAUUUUGAAUAAAUAUUUGUGGUUGACGGUUAA